UAGGUCCCUAUCGGCAGGCCCGGUUUGUCUGCUGAGGAGAGGAUAUUGGCAUGUUACUCCGCAACGUAGAGAGGUGUGCGGGUACUGUGUAAUCAUCUCCUGCGAGCCGCGGAGAGCUUCCUUGUCUGUUCCUUCUGCAUUUGCUUGAUCCUCUUCCCAGAAUUUCUCUCCGCUACCCCAUUCUCUUCUUCUUCUCCUUCCUCCUACUCCUCCCUGUUUUUGCUGUCUCUCUUUUUCCCUUCUUAUUUUUUCAAAUUUAUUAACGGUUCUAACCCAAGAAAGGUACCAUCUUUGUCAGAAACGAUCCAAAUUUCUGUUUUUUUUUCCCUUGCUUACCACAAAAAUUCUUGACCCUCUCUUCACUCCUUUUUGAGAACUUAGCUGAUUUGGUCCGUAAAUAUGCAUCAUCUGAUGAUCGUUUAUGCGGUUACAGAACAUUAAGGGGAAAAGUUAAAGUUGAUUUUUAAUCUCUUUCUUUCUUAACUUUUUUCCUUUCCGGAACCUCUUUUUCUAAUGCAGGCAUCAGAAGAAAUAUUCAAAUGUAGUUUGUUAGGAACAAUUUAAGUCAUCAAAAUCAAGAGUUCUGGGCAUUUCAGGCUUUUUCCACAUAUAUAUCUAUUUAUUUUUCUUUUGGAUCUGCACUGGGUUCGUCUUCAUCGUAGGGGUUGAAUUGAACUGGGGUGACUCUGAUAAGAACCAACCCUGAUCCCAUGAGGAAUUUUUGCUGGUCUAAACAAGUUCCGCUCAACCCGAAACUUGGCCGAAAGCUUUCGCUUGGCGAGUACAAUGGAGCCGUGUCGUGGUCCAAGUAUCUGGUCUCCUCUGGGGCUGCAAUAAAGGAAGACGGAGAAGAGGAUUGGAGCGCCGACUUGUCCAGGUUACUCAUUGGCGCCAAAUUUGCUAUUGGCAGUCACAGUAGGAUCUACAAAGGCGUCUACAAGAACACCGAAGUGGCAAUUAAGAUGAUAAGCCUACCGGAGGAAGACGAACACUUGGCUUCUUUGCUUGAGAGGCAGUUUAAUGCUGAGGUUGCCACGCUCUUUCGACUGCACCAUCCAAAUAUCAUCAAGCUUGUUGCCGCCUGCAAGAAAUCUCCGGUCUUCUGCAUAAUUACUGAAUAUAUGCCAGGGGGAUCAUUGAGAAGAUACCUGCGUAACCAAAAGGCCUAUUCACUCCCCCCCAAACUUGUUCUGAAAUUAGCCCUAGACAUUGCACGAGGCAUGCAAUAUCUUCAUUCUCAGGGGAUACUUCAUAGGGAUCUCAAAUCAGAAAACCUUCUUCUGGGAGGAGAUAUGCGUGUAAAAGUAGCGGACUUUGGACUCUCCUGCCAGGAAUCUGAGAGCUGUACUGCAAGUGAAUUUACUGGAACUUAUCGUUGGAUGGCACCUGAAAUGUUGAAAGAUAAGAAUCAUACCAAGAAAGCAGAUGUCUACAGUUUUGGCAUAGUUCUAUGGGAGCUUUUGACAUCAUUGACACCAUAUGAGAACAUGACCCCAGAGCAGGCAGCAUUUGCAGCCUCCCAAAAGAAUGUAAGGCCACCAUUGCCACCUGAAUGUCCUUUGGCAUUUAGCUGUCUGGUCACCAGAUGCUGGGCGGCCAAUCACCAUAAACGGCCACACUUCGAUGAGAUAGUUUCCAUCUUGGAGGGCUAUUCAGAAUCGCUGAAGGAGGAUCCAGAAUUCUUCUCUCAUUUCAUACCACCGGCUCCUAAUGCUAGUGUCUUUAAGGAAUGCUUACCAGGGUGCAUUUCUGGUCGUAAAUCUGGAUUGUGUCAUGCUUAAUCUCCUGAACGAUAAAUAUGUUCAGUGAACAAGUACGAGCUGUCCAUAAUCCUCUUUUUUUAAGGUUUUGGAGAUUCGUUUUUUCUCCUCCUGAAGUGAGAGAAGAAAAACAGCUGUAUCCUUCCUCCAUUAUUGAUGAGGUGAUGGCUAUGGCCGGUAUUUCUAAUACCUAAGAGUGUCCAACUUUUUUAAAAUAAUAAUAAUAAAAAUGAGUGGGAGUCUGAUUCUGUAA